UUAAAAUUCAUUCUCAAGUCUUCUCUUUUCUUUUCAUAAAAUGGUCCCUCCUUCCUAGUUUUGCUAUACUAAUAUUACAAGUUAACUCAAUUAAAUUAAACGUAACAAAACAGCAAAAUAAAUAAAUCAAAUCAAAUCAAAUGAAAUUGGUCAUGAAUUUUUAUAUUUUUCAUUUUUUGAAAGCAACUGGCCAUGAAAUUGAAAAUUAUGUACUACAAUUUUUAGUUCAAGCCUUUAUAAUUUCUCUGACAAGUUUAUCUGAGUGAGUAAAUUUAGUAAAGAAAUGUUAUAUAAUAUUUAACAGAUGUCAGUGAUGUAAGAGCCAAGAAAGAAGGAAAAUGGAGUUUGCCCCAGACCAAAAGGAGAGAUUUUGAUCUUAGUUUUUCCAUAUUUGGAGUUUGAAAUACUGAAAAUUCAGAAUACCCAUAUCACCAAAAAGGUCAUUUUUGGAUGAUAAUAAUCAUAGGGGCUCCUCAGAUGCUUAUCCCAUAAUUAUGAUGCUAUAAUAGAGAAUUUAUCACAAGCCUAUUGUUGAAGUAAUUAAUGGCAGCAGCAGAAGCAAGAACUACAUGGAAACGUACUGCUCGUCGUUGCUACUUCCACGACGAUGUGAGGGAAAAGUAUUCUUCCUGCACGUCAUCGUCGUGUUCCUCGAAGUCAGAGUUCGAUUAUUCCCCUGAUAAUGCUGCAAAAGAUCAUCUGCACCCUUUUGCAAAUUAUGAUGUGUUAUCUGGUAGAAGAAGGUGGUGGUUGAAUCAGGAACCUAACUUUGUUCAUCACAAGAAUUUUGUUAGUGAGGAGAGAAUUUCAUUGGAGGCUCAACUUGAAAUUUUGAGUAAUGAUGUUUGUGAAAAGAAACAAAACAAGGAAGGAUUUAUUGCUAAGAAUAAUAAUUGUUCUAUGGAUCAACUCAGGAAGGUGUAUGUCACUUGUAAUGAAAAUGGUUUGGAUACUAAAAUCCAGGAACUAAAGGCUGUUAGUCCCCGAAAAACAGCUGCAGGAAAGGAUGUGAGAGAUUUAUGGUACUUGGAUGAACAUUAUAUGAGUUUGGAUUCUUUGAACAAUUUGGUUUCUCAAGAUCCCAAGAAACUGCCUUAUGAUUAUGAAUCUCACUGGGAUGGUGUUGAUAAGACUGAGCCAUGGUGGCGUAGUACCGGUAAAGAUGAUUUGGCUUCCUUGGUUGCUCAGAAGUCCCUUGAGCACAUCGAGAAUUGUGAUCUUCCACGCCCCCGUGCUAAGAAUUAUAGGAAGCAACAGAAACCAUCAGCUUGCUCACAGAAUUCUGACUAUGAUGAUGCUCUUUCUUCGCCUUUAGAUCCAACGGGGAUGACUGAAUCAAGAUUCUCCAGUCAAGAGUAUUCUUCAGGAAGCACAAAUUCAGGCUUUUCGCCUCAUGAAACUCUCAGUACCACCAGCAUCAACAGGCAUGAUGCUGAAGAUGAUACCGAAAAUGACAAAACCAAAGCUCAGCUCUUAAAAGCACUAUGCCUUUCUCAGAAACGAGCUAGGGAAGCCGAGCAAGCUGCAAAGCAAGCAUAUACCGAGAAGGAACACAUCAUCACGCUACUUUUCAGACAAGCGUCUCAACUGUUUGCUUACAAGCAAUGGCUCCAACUGCUGCAGCUAGAGAACAUCUGCCUUCAGCUCAAGAACAAAAACCAACCAAUCGUCGAUCUUUUCCCACCAGAAAAGGCACCCUGCAAAGGCGGUAGUAGACAAUCACAUAAGGAUCAUCAUCAGCACAAGGCUGGAAAGAAAAGGCAAGGCAACCCAAAGCAUGAUAUUCACAAGUCUAUUGUUGCAUUUGCAUUGGGGUUAGGCCUCGCCGGUGCUGGUUUGUUCCUUGGAUGGACAAUGGGGUGGUUGUUUCCCGCCGUUUAGAUUUGCCAUUGUUGUGUGGUGGUGCUGUUGCUGUCCCUCUCUAGCCAUAAUUCUUUGUCAAUGGACAUGAUUGGGUUGGCUGCAAAGCUUGUUUCAGAUUACAGUUUUCACAUCUUGUUUAAGUAAGGAUUUAGUUAACUAUAUAAACAUAUCUGUUGAUUAUGUACAUAUAAAGAACAGAUUUUUUGUAUAAAAAGAAAACAUGAAAAGAGAUGUGAAUCAUAUAUUAUGUUUGUAAAUAGUAAAGGACUAUUUUCUUUA